GCCUUUGUUGCAGAAACUGUUGGUAGCUAUGAAACAAUGGAUCUCUUCAGACACACCACUGAACUCAGCAUGCAUACGGAAGGUGCAAAAGGCUAUGCCUACUGGGUGUGCUCAACCUUACAAGAUAAAACCAACAGAAAUACUGAACUAUAUAAGUACAACAUCCUUCAGAUGAAUGCUAUUCCAACAGCACAAGUUGCUUUAACUAAGUAUACAGAAAGAAUCCAGAAUGAUGCAUGUGCUUUCACAAUGCUUGGUUAUUUGAAUGAAUAUCUUCAGCUGAAAAAACAGGCAGCAGAUACAUAUCAAAGUUCUAUAUUACAGGAGCCUAACAUGGAAAGCCUGCAAGCCUUAUGCAGUUUAGGGCUGAUCAAGCAGGAUGCCACACUUGCAACCGCAGCACUUAAAGAACUGUUAAAGCACCCAGGGAAAAAAGACAAUGUUUAUAAGAGGUGCCUUCUUGCAUCUGCUGUCUAUGCAUUACAAGGCAGACAUCUGGCUGUUCAAAGACAAGUUUCUAAAGCUGUCCACAGCAACCCCGAUAACCCUGCCCUCUGGUCCCUGCUGUCAAGACUGGUCCCUCGGUACGUGCCACAAAAUGCCAAGGGUGGAGCUGUGGCAGGAAAUAUUGCUUGUAUUCUUGAUCUAAAUCAUGGGAAGAAAGCCUUGCUGAAUACCGCAGUUAAUCAACUGGCCACAGGAUGUCACAAAGCUGAAAACAAAAAGAAUAUUCUAAAAGCAGUUCAUCUUUCUCCAG